AUGGUGGCCCAGGAAUAUGAUAUUGCAGCAGUUGGGCGAGGGGGGAAGGAGGCGAUUGCCAAGCAAAAGCAGUCCCUACGACGGAGACUAGGUCUGGACGAGUGUGAGCGAUUCAUGGAUGUAAGCGAUAUCAUUAGAGACGAGGAUCUGGAAGCACCAGCGCAAGCAGCAGCACCACCAGCAACAGGUUCAUCAAACCCCGCUGCAGCAGCUGUUGGCAAGCAGAAGCAGAAGCAAGAAGCUACAGCUGGAAUCAAGCGUGGUGCGCAGGAUCUAAUGGCUGAGAUGCUGCCAAGUGGCACCAGUCCGGGGGUCGGUGAUGGUGGCAGUUCUGCUGGUAGUGUAUCACCCGCAUUGAUCUGUCGACCGUCGGUUGUACUGUCCCUCUUCCAGCUCUUCAAAGCGCCCUCCCUCACUAUUUGUUUUACCCCUCCCUUCCACCGCUCCUGCCUGCCACCCGCCCAUCAGAUCACAGUAGAGCAGGUGGCAGCAGAGGGGGAUGAUUGGGAGGAAGAGGAGGAGGAAGAGGGAGAAUGGCCCUUGCAGGCGCUGUGUGAACAACUGCUCACAGACAUGUUUCACCCAGUGUGGGAGGUACGUCACGGCAGUAUUCUUGCCCUCAGGGAGGUUAUGUCCGCGCAUGGGAACUGUGCUGCAGUUUGCCGCCCAAUAGUUCCUUCUAAGUGGGCCAGUGCCAAUGGGAAUGAGGAGAUAGAAGAUGGGAAUGGGAAGAUGGAGCUGGAGGUGGUGAAGGAGGAGGAUGAUGGCAAGACUGUACCAGAGAUGAGGGAGCUGGAUGUGGGGUUGGUCAAGGCGCCGAUGGUGAGUUCGGAAAAGGAGGAAGAAGGGGUUAACAAGAAAAUGGAGGUUGUGGAUCAUUGGGGUAUCAGAAAAGAAGAACGUGUGGAGGCGGAAGGAUUGGAGGAUGUGAAGCAGGAAGUAAAAGAACGAGAGUUUGUGAGUAAGCCAUUGGUAGCUGUGAAGAGGGAGAUUGAGGUGGGGACUUCUUUAAAGGCAGAGGUGAAAGAGGAGGCGAAAGGUGAAGAGGAAGGUAUGAAAACGAGAGCAGAGGAGGAAUUGAAAGUAGAGGAUGAGAUGGGAGUAAUCGAGGGGCGACUGGAGGGAGUCAAGAGGGAGGCGAAGGCAGAGUCGAAGGAAGGGAGUGGUGGCUGGCUAGGCCUCUCUAUGGGCUCUGAGACGCCUAAAGAAAGCAAUGGAGAGUCCGCGUCUGGGGGCAAGCUUGCUGCUACUGCUGGGGUGUGUGUGAAGGAGGAGGCAGGAGAAGGGGGCGGGAAGGGGGGGGAGGAUAACCGAGCUGAACGAUCCGGAUUUGACUUGAACGAGUUGCUGGUCUGUAAAGUGGAGGACACUGAAGCGAGUGUGACGAAUCAAGAGGGCGUCAUUAACCAAAAUUCUGGAGGGAGGGCGCGUAUGGGCUUGGACUUACAUCUCUCUGACGGCAUGCAAUCAGAAGAGAUGGGAGAGGGGGUGGUACGAAAUUUGGGGAAUGAAAAGAGUAUUGAGGGGAUUAAGGUAGAAGCCAACACGGAUGAGGCUGAAGAGAAGAGCAAGCGUGAGGGAAGUGAGAAAGCUGUGGGAAAGGGGUUGGACUUGAACAUGGAAGUUUCCGAGGAAGCAAAUGAGGGGAAACAUGUGGAUGGGGGGGAAGUGGCUGAGGAGAAGAAUGGAGAAGAGAAGGAGAGUGCGCUGGUGGUGGCACAACGUGUGAGGGCGGCGGAGAAAGGUGCAACGGCGACGAUGGAAUCUGCAAGGAAGGCACAGUUAGCUAUAGAAGCUGCCAGGAAGGCACAGGCGGAUAAUGAGCUGUUUUUGGAGGACUGUGCCAUUCGGCUGCUGUGCAUCUUCGCUUUGGACAGGUUGGAAGACUUUGUGUCGGACCAGGUGGUGGCGCCAGUGCGGGAGGCGUGUGGACAGGCGCUUGGAGUGGUGCUCAAAUACCUGCCCUCCAGGGCUGUUGCACGCACACUUGAUGUGCUGCUGCAAAUGCAGAACCGAUCAGAGUGGGAAGUGCGGCACGGUGCCCUGCUUGGCAUCAAGUACCUUAUAGCAGUGCGCCAGGAGCUACUGCCCUCCCUGCUGCCCUCGCUCCUCCCUGCCUGCAUCCGCGCGCUGCAAGACUCAGAUGAUGAUGUGAGAGCUGUGGCAGCAGAGGCGCUGCUGCCAGCUGCUAAGACUGUGGGGGAGGGCGUGGACGAAAGUGAUUUGAGGCAGCUGAUGCGGCUGCUGUGGGGGAUUCUAUCAGAACUUGACGACCUCAGUCCUUCCACUAGCAGUGUCAUGACCCUCCUUGCUGAGCUGCAUGCUCUUCCUCGAGUUGCUGCCCUCUGGACCGUACCCCCCUCCAGGGUUGCAUCUCUCACUCGCCCCGUGAUUCACCACUGGUGCCAGCUCAUCGCCACACCGCCUGGUGGCCCCCUUGACACCUCCCUCCUCUUUGCCACAUCAGCACCUGCAGCUCAAGGGACAGCCAGCAGAGGCAUGGGGACUGAGGGUAAGGGGAGGGGAAGGGGUAGAGGGGGAAGGGGAAAGGGCAAGGGGAAGGAGUUGGAAGGUGUAGCAGCAGGAUCUAGUGCAGGGAGCUCUGCUGCUGCUGGCAGUGCACUAGGGAGCGGUGGUAGUGGGGUGGUGGUGGUAGGGGCUGAAGGCGAGAGUGCAGCUGUGCGUAUGAGAGUAGACACAAGCCAAGCCAUGGGCUUGCUGCUCUCCUUCUGGCCUGUUGUCCAGCUAGAAGGCGGAGUAGCCCCGUUGAUAUCCCUCCUGGGGUCCGUGGCUGCCACACAGAAGCAGGUUGGUGCUUUGAUCAUUGCUGCUUGGUUCAGGGAGCUUGAGAAACGGGAGCUAGGGAAAAUGGAGGUGGAGCAAACGGACAGUCAGCAAACAUUGCAAAAGCCAAAUCAGCAUCAGCAGCAGCAGCAGCAGCAGUAUGCCCUUGGCUCUCUUCCUGGUCUCUCUUUGGUACGACCAUCUCCUCCUGUUGAAAAAUUGUUGAACCACUUGAUGGCUCUCCUCUGUUCUCCUGAUGCUGGCCAAAGCUACGAGGAGCUCUCUCGAACCUACAACAAGCUCCGGGCUGAAGCUAGUGCUUUGAUCAGCCAUGCCCGAGCUCUGGGGUUAGCACCAGACACGAUUAGUUCGGCGCUUACACGAGCCGGCUGUGUUGGCUCGGCAGGGGCUCUGGAUAGCAGUACAGCAGGAGAAACGAGAGGAAAGGGAGGAACAGGAGGAACAGUUUUGGAAGGACGAGGAGGGGAAGAGGCUCAUUUUGAUAGAUUGAGUCCAGAGGGUGCGUUGGAACUGGCAGGGGCUUUGGCUGGGCUUGCUGGGUCAGGAACAGGCGAGGUGGAGAACAGGGAUGCACCUGGUGGUGCCAACAUGCACACAUCCGUCACAGCAACAGUGGCGGCAGCAGCCGUGCGAGUCUCCUUAAGUCUGCCUUCCAAGCUCAACCCCAUCAUACAGCCACUCAUGGCCGCACUCAAGCGAGAAAGGGAGGUGCUUCUGCAGCAGUGUGUAGCGAGCGGCCUCGCAUCCGUCAUCCUGCGCUCCUUGGAUCGCCGCCCUUCCCCCAACGACAGGCUUCUCAAGAAUCUAUCUACACUCGCCUGCUCCGACCCCUCUCAGUGCCCACCACCCUGUGAUGCCAAUAAGGAGGCGGAUGACCCCCUGGAUCCCACCCUCGCCAUGCCUGCUGCGGCUGGAGCCGGGGGUGCGGCUUCAAAAGGAGCCGCUGGUGUGAUUGUAAAAGGGGAAGGGGCAGCAGGGUCGUUGGAAGCCAUGAUUGGCCGCAGAGGAGCCGAGCUGUCCUUCAGAGCCUUGGCGGACAGCCUUGGCCCAGACCUUUUUACAAAGCUGCCGAAGCUGUGGGGUCUCCUUACUGAGGUCUGGAAGCCCGGAGAGUCAGAGGGAGGUGGUAGCACAGGGAAGUGCGAUGAGGGAGAACUGUUCAAAGCAGAUCCACUGGCACUAGUCAACACCUUUCAACUCAUCCGGUGCCUAUCCCUUGUCCUCCACACGUCCCUUAUCCCCCAACUGCUCCUCCUCCUUCCACCAGUUCUCUGUUGCACUCGCCAUCCCCAUGCUGCUGUCCGAUUCGCCUCAGCCCAGUGCCUGGCAGCACUUGUGUCUCUUUUGUCUGCAGAGCAAACUGUUCUCUCCGCCAUUCUCACUCAUGUCAUUCCUCAGCUCACCAACACACUCUCUGAACCAGCCCGUCGCGGAGCAGCAAGUGUUGUUUCCUCGUUAGUCAACACCCAAGGCGAGAUGCUAGCACCAUACGCUGCACUCCUAGUCGUUCCCCUCUUAGCUCGGAUGUCCGACCCUAGUCCGCAGGUGCGGCAGCUGGUGACACAGAGCUUUGCCAGGCUCGUGCCUCUACUGCCUCUCGCCCGAGGGCUGCCUUUACCAGCGUUUUUGGACAAGGAAGGUGCGAGGAAGGCCCGGGAGGAUGCCCGGUUCCUGGAGCAGCUUCUGGAUAAUCGCAAGGCGGAUGAUUACCAGCUGCAAGUGAAGCUGUCGGUCACCCUGAGAAGGUACCAGCAGGAGGGUGUCAACUGGUUGGCCUUUCUGCGCCGCUUCCACCUGCAUGGGGUGCUGUGUGACGACAUGGGGCUGGGCAAGACCCUCCAGGCCUCCUCCAUGCUCGCCUCAGACACAAUCGAGCGCCAAGCUGCUGCGCGUGCAGCUGCUACCGGGCCUACUUCUGCUGCUGAUCGUGCUGCACCUGGUGCUUCUGGAUUCGGAGUUGCGCCCACGCCUCUCCUCCCGUCUCUCAUCGUUUGCCCACCCACUCUUGUCGCUCACUGGGUCUACGAGAUCGAGAAGUACAUUCCUCGUGGGAUAUUCUUCCCACUGCAGUAUGCAGGCAGCGUUGCCGACCGGCAGAGGAUGCGGGGGCAGCUGAGAAAGCACAACCUGGUGGUAACCUCGUAUGAGGUGUUACGAAGCGACAUUGAUGAGCUGGCAGCCAUCACAUGGCGGUACUGUGUGCUGGACGAGGGGCAUCUGAUCAAGGGCGCUAAGACGCGGCUGUCGCAGGCGGUGAGGCGGAUCAAGGCGGAGCAUCGGCUGCUGCUGACGGGCACUCCCAUUCAGAACAACGUCUUGGAGCUGUGGGCGCUCUUUGACUUCCUCAUGCCAGGAUUCCUAGGGACUGAGAAACAGUUCCAGGCGCGGUAUGGCAAGCCUCUACAGGCUGCACGAGACCCCAAGUGCACUGCCAAGCAAGCAGAGGCAGGCGCUCUGGCCAUGGAGGCCCUUCAUCGCCAGGUGAUGCCAUUCAUUCUGCGCCGCACCAAGGAGCAAGUUCUCUCAGACCUGCCUCCCAAAAUCAUCACCGACCGAUACUGCCAGCUGAGCACGCUGCAGCGACUACUGUACGCUGACUUCUCAAAGUCCCACGCGUCAGAGGAGGUGGUGACAGCAGUAACGGCGGCAGGUGGAGGAGCAGAGGGAGGAGGAGGGGAGCAAGCUUCAACCCAUGUGUUCCAAGCGCUGCAGUAUCUGAGGAAGCUGUGUAGCCAUCCGUUACUGGUGCUGGACCCUUCCCAUCCCCGCCACGCAGCUGCUCUCGCAGCAGUAGGGGCCUCGGGGGCAGCAGCAGAAGCCGGGCCGAGAGGAGGCAGCAGCAGUGGUGCUGGCAGCAGUGGAGGGGAUGGUGUUGGGGACGUGCAUGACAUAGUGCACGCACCCAAGUUGGUUGCGCUGAGAGAUAUUCUGCUGGAGUGUGGGAUAGGAGGAGGAGGGGAGGGUAAGAGUGGAGGGGAUGUGGGAGGUGAGGCCAGCGAGGGCAAUCACCGUGUGCUCGUGUUCGCCCAGCUUAAGUCAUUCCUUGAUAUAGUGGAGGAGGACCUCUUCAAGAAACACAUGCCUGGUGUGUCCUAUCUGCGCAUUGACGGGUCGGUGGAGCCAUCGCGCCGUUUUGAUCUGGUCAAGGCCUUCAACUCAGACCCAACGAUCGAUGUGCUGCUCCUCACAACCCAUGUCGGUGGCUUGGGCCUGAACCUAACAGCAGCGGACACAGUGGUGUUCUUGGAGCAUGACUGGAACCCAAUGCGGGAUCUGCAGGCUAUGGAUCGAGCCCAUCGCCUGGGGCAGAGGCGGACGGUGAACGUGCACAGAGUGAUAAUGGCGGGCACGCUGGAGGAGAAGGUCAUGGGGCUGCAGCGCUUCAAGCUCUCCAUAGCCAACGCGGUGGUCAAUGCUGACAACGCCAGUCUCAAAUCGAUGGACACAUCGCAGCUCUUAGACCUCUUUAACGCUGGCCCUCCUGCUGCCAGUGCUGGUGCUAAGCAGAAACCAGCAGACUCAUCUUCAGAUGCAGCUGUGGCAGCAGCUGGAGGAGGGAAGGGACUGAAAGCUGUGCUUACUGGCUUGGAAGAUCUAUGGGACGAGUCGCAGUACGCAGAGGAGUACAACCUGGAUAACUUCCUGAAACGCAUUUAG